GUACCAAAUUGAACAUUAAAGCCAAAUAUAGAUACUAAAUGGUAUAUUAACCCUUUCAAAAUCUAUCAAAUAUACGUAUCUUCUUUUAUCCAUAAAAACUUAUUAAUAAGCUCCAUUUUUCUUCUCAUAACUCAUUCUUCACCUUCUUACCCCUUUAGAAAUUCCUUUCCACAGCUUUUAAAAAAAAAUGGCAGAGAAGAUCAGUGAUGAAACCCCAAAUCCAGAGAAGAUCAAUGAUGAAUCCCCAAAUCCAUUGGCACCAAGUAAUGACGAAGAGUCUAUCACGGCUCACUCGAAAGACCAAAAUAGAAAGAAGCAAAUGAAGUGCCUGUUGUAUAUCAUAUUAUUUGCCGUGUUCCAAACAGGGAUUAUAUUGCUUUUCGUGUUAAUCUUCAUGCGUAUGACAAACCCAAAGUUCCGGGUUCGAUCGGGGUCGUUUAUCGACACUUUUAAUGUUGGAACUGAAGCUUCCCCUUCAUUCGACUUGCGAAUGAAUACCCAAUUCAUGGUAAAGAACACGAAUUUCGGUCGCUUCAAGUACAAAGAUGGUACCGUCACCUUUGCAUAUAAGGGCAUACCGGUUGGUAAUGCCAUGAUCGAGAAGGGUCGAGUCGGGGCUAGGUCAACCAAAAAGGUUGAUGUUGUAGUCAAGUUGAGAUCAAAUGGUUUGUCAUUGAAUACAAGAGAUAACGAAUUGGGAAGUGAUAUUAGUUCAGGUGUUCUGCCAUUGACCAGUUCAGUAAAGUUGAAAGGGAAGAUACAUUUGAUGGAGGUGAUAAAGAUGAAGAAACAUGCCCAAAUGAAUUGUAGUAUGGAAAUUGAUAUCAACUCUAGAACCUUGGGAAAUAUUAUAUGUAAGUGAUCAAAGUUGUAUAUGAACUUUGAUUUUUUUUUUGGAAUUUUUAUUUCAUUUUUAGUUGCAUUUGUUAUGGAUUUUGCCUUGUGAUUUUUGUAUUGGGGACUUAUGAUUAUAUGAGUGUACUUGAGUGUGUUUUUAUAGGAUUAAUAUAUUAUUUGGUACUUGAAUUUAAUUCUAACGCACGAUUUGGUAUAUAAAUCAAAUCGCAUCAUGUGGUCCAAUGACUAGUAAAUUGAAUAUUGAAAUUAAAUUUAAGUAUCGAAUAUAUAUUAAUGAAAAUAUAUGUUUUAAUUUUUUUUGAAAUAAAUAUGAGGCAAGUAUAUUUUAUUAAUGAA